UGUACUUGCGCUUAUCUCCUAUUGCAAUCUAUAAAGCACCCCACGUUUCCAUCUACAUCUCGGUUUGCCUCUCAUCUCCCAUAGCCCACCAUGUCGGCCCUCCAGCGAUUCCUCCUCGACCCAGCAAACCACGACCUGCUGGCCAUUCUCAAGGGUGCUAGAAAUGGGCUUGUAUACGGCUGCAAGAUCCGCUUCCCCCACGCUCUGGUCAUGACCUUUCUCUUUUCCCACAAACCUCUCCCCGCCAAGAUUCGUGGCAUCUUCACGGCGACCAAGACCCACGCUCUCAAUCUCUGCAAAUUCGUGACCAUCUACAAAACACUCCUGCUCUUGCAAAAGAAGCUCAAUGGAGGCAAAGAGAGAAAUCUCGAUACGCUUGUGGCCGGGGGGCUCGGAGGGUACUGGGUCUUUGGUGAUAGGACGCCCGUGCGUAUCUUUCGCACAACGCCGACGCCAUCACUGAUACCCGGCAGAUCAACGAGCAAAUUGUCCUCUACGUCCUCGGCCGCAACAUACUCGCCCUACUCCCCCGUCUAUACUCUCAGUCAACACCUCCCUCUCACCCCUUCCAGCCCCUGUCUCACCCUCUCCCAUCUAUCACCUCACCAGCGGGCAACCCUAAACCCAUCCCGCCGGCGCAGGUUCCGUUCACGAUCGUAGCGACGCUGAGUUGGGCGGUGGCGAUGUACAUGUUUAGACACCGUGGAGAGAGGAUGCAGCCGGGACUGAGCAAUAGUAUGAGAUACUUGUACAGAGAUUCCGAGACUUGGACAAGUUUAAAGACGCUGCUCUGGCACAACAAAUAGUACUCGGUUAGACACUUUUCGGCGCUGGCGCUAGGAUAACGUUGUUCGUAUGCUCCUCACGAUGUAGAUAGAUGUAUACAUGUUCACGCACUG